AUGUCUCUUCCUUUUCGGGGCAAAAAAUUACAACGUGGCUCUGAUGGCGAGCCUGGUGAACAUGCUCAUGAUCAGACUGAUGGCCAAAAGGCUAGUAGUCUUGAUGCUACCAACGAUAGGAACACGGAUACGGACGAGGCAGCGUCUGGGGGAAAUAUCCCGGAGCAACCAGACGGCCCUGAGGAUGUAGCUGAAGCAACCGUUGCGAAGAAGAAGACAAAAAAGAGGACUAAGAAGUCCAGAGGCAAAAGCAAGGGAACGGGAUUCGAAGAAUACAUUACCGAUGGGCCCAUCAGUGUCGCUGAGUAUGAGGGAAACAAAACUCGUUACGCCCUGCGCCUUGAAACAGCCAUCCAACGGUUCCAGGCAAAGAGAAAAAUCAGUUCGGACCGUAGAAAUAUUUUCACGAAGUUCUUGUCUUAUGGGGGUGUCGAUGUUGGACCCAAAAUGUUUGAAGGCAAUGACCCGCAUGACCUCAUGGAUAAGGACGCGGAGGACAUCCUGACUGCUACAGCUCAGUCCUCGGUCCCGGCAAAUCGUGUGGACUGGGAUGUCGAUUUUGAAGCAGUUGCGAAAGGAUUUCUGUCAUCCGUCUUGCCCCAGUACAUCGGGCUGGAAACCGAACAGCUCGUUGAUAUGGCCACCAGCACCAUCAGGAAUUUCCUAAAUUUCAUCCUGUUACACGAUGUCUGCCCUGAAUACACCGAAAAUAUCCUAGCCGCACGCGUGAUCUGUGACACUGCCAAGGUUGAGCUUUGGAAAGCGCAACGAGCAAGCUGCUGGGCACCGGGAAAUUUCAACAUGGCCUGUUCAACCCUGUUCGGCGGAUCAUAUUACGGUUUCUAUACUGGAGACCAGGAAUGGAGCAAGGAAGUAGGAGCCGCAGGGAUGCCGGACGAUGUUGCGAGGAAGGUUGUAAAAUUUGCAGUUGCCGGCGCAGGGACUUACGAGCAAGCUGUUCGUUUUCGAGACCUGGUCAAUGAACAAAAACUGAGAGUCACUUGUGUGAACGAGAAUGGGUUUGAGGUUAUUGCUAUUAUUCUGCCGGGGAGCGCAGUGCGAGACUUCUACAAGCAGUAUGCUCCAGAUCUGCAGCCGGUAGGUAAACUUCGAGCAAAACCGUGGCGUGAUCCCGGGCUUCCAGAGGAGGAUUUACCGCCCGGUCAGGUUGCCGAAGAAAACCCUUCGCAGCCAAUCGAAUACGAGUUCUUCGUCGAGGAGAGCGUGCUGAAAUUUUGCUUCGUGGGGAUGAAAGUCGACACGUCUAUCUGGGAGUUAAACUGUGGUCUGCACUACUUUGAUACAGCAAUUGCUGUAUACUGCUCGUUUCACACCGUCUUAUUAAAUGAAAGUAUGAUUGGCUGGAAGAAACCCAGGGAUCUCCGCUCUGAUGUUGUGGUUUGGGCCAAUUCAGGGAGAGAGUGCGAGGAUGGGAACAGGGGAGCUGAAGACCCGGAGGAUGUGGUAGAUGAUUAG